AUGUCGGGUGUUACGUUUAGCUUUGGAAGUGCUGCUUGGGAUGUUACCGAGUCUAGCAUUAAGCUUUUUAACGAGUCCCUUAAGGGAGCGAAAGAAACGAAGGUGCAAGAGGGUUUGGAGUUUCCAUUAGUACUUGAGUACAUGAAAACUGCGUUUGCGACCUUGAGUUUGGAGAAUCCAACUUUUAUCGCUGACCAAUUCUUUGAGGCCGAUAGCUCUAAUCAAGCCCCAUACUUUUUGGGUGUCUUGAUUCAAGCUGCCUUAAGGGUGAAGUUAGAUGAAAAGCUCUUCAAACGGGUUAUGCACAAGCAACCCAACGGGGUGCUUGCGUGGUAUGCUUUCGCCAAGAAGUACAAGCUGAUUGAUUAUGAGUCUCAAGUCCAGGUCUUGCAUAACUUUGGUUAUGCACUUACCAAAGGUAAUAGCGAAUUAAUGGAGAGAGCUACUACCGCGUUUGCGUAUUACUUUGACGUCCCUAAGAAGUUGAUUCCGCUUGCCGCAUGUGCCAUCAUGGAUGAUGGUACUAGGCAAAAGUUCUUCGAUAAAACUGGAUACAAUGAUCCAGAAGCCGGUUUUGAAAACUUAUCUUUUGACGAAGUGGCCGGAUUUUUCGAAGAAAUGAGUCAAAAGUAUAGUCGCAUUGAAGAAGAGAACCUGAUGGAACUCGCCCAAAAUGUGGUGCACCAACGUGGGUCCAGUGGGAGAAAGAACUGGACUUGCUGGAACUGUGGUAAGAAGGGACAUAUCGCUAGGGAUUGUCCUAACCACAAGCCAGGGCUCUCUAAGUUUUACGAGAGAAAACCGGAUGCUAGAGCGUUCUAUCUGCAAACGGUGUUUGAAGCUGAAGAGAACCACUCUUCAGAGGAGGCUUGGUUGGUUGAAACCAAGCCUGGUCCUGGAACUGGUAUAUCCAGUGUUAAACCUAACUAUGGUCGCAAGAAAGCGUUUUCUACUGUUAUGAGUUCAAAUGCUCUCACUUCGUUCGCUGCUGAUGAGAAGUUGAAGGGCUCCGGGAACUUUUAUGAUUGGUUUACUUUGAUCAGUGUUAAGAUGAAGAUGAAAGGUCUUGGUUUACAUGCUUACUUGAUCAAUGGGGAAACCGGAACCGACGGGCUGGAAACUGCUAAUGAAGUUGCCCAAUUGAUUGCUACUAUGGAUGAGAUUAUUUCAACAGCCAUUUUCAACAGCAUCUCAGGCGCUGCUUUGACUAAGGCUUCCGAAUUUGAUGGUACUGGUAGAAACUUGUUUAUGUUUCUCAAGGAUGCUUAUGGUACAUUGACUGUUACAAAUGCUGUUGGUAUUAUCUCAGAUUUAAUUGACGCUAAGUGGUUGAAAUCUAGCAACGGAAACGUUGAGAAUUUCAUUGAUGCCUUCAAUCACUUCAAGAAUACUGUUGGCAAAUUAGACGGAAACACUGUGUUGUGUGCGUUGUUUUUGAGCUUGGGUCAGAAAGCCGGGUUUAAUGCAACUCUUUCCAGGGAAGUCAUGACUGCGUAUGAGUCUAGAAAUGGCAGGACUAUUGGAAAUGUUGAUAUUGGGCUUGUCCAAGAUUUGACAAGAGAAAUCAUUGGAGAUAAAUCGAUUGGUUCCACCAGUGUUGAGGGUUUGGAACCUGUGUUUGCUUUUAAGAAACAGUACAAGUGCUUCAAUUGUGGAAAACCCGGUCAUUUGAAGAAGGAUUGCAAGGCUCCUAGAAAGGAGAGAAUGGGUGGUGAUCUGAAGAAUCCAUCACCAUCUUGGUAUGCAUUUAUGGGAAUGCAUGGUAGGGCCUCCAGAGUGUACUUUGACUCUGGUGCCUCGCAACAUAUUUUGAAUGACAGAAAGAUGUUUAAAACCAUUGGUCCUUUUUCUGGUGAGAUCUCAGGUAUUGAUGGUAGUUCUCUCGAGGUUCAAGGUAUCGGGUCUGCGGUGUUUAAGUUACGUGAUAACACCAGUAUCGAAAUCAAGGAUGCUUAUUAUGUUCCAGGGUCAAAGGCCAAUUUGAUUUCUGUUUCCAAGGCUACUCUGAAUGGUGCAAGAUUAUUAUUUGAAGGAAACAAGGUGAAAAUGUACCCUGAAAAGAAAGUGGUUGCUGUUAAAGAUCCAGUUAUGAGUGAUCUUUAUGCUUUGCACACCAGUGUCGAUGGUGUGGCAUUUAACAGUGUUGAUAAGAGCGGGUUGUGGCACCAGAGAUUAGGCCAUCCCAGUAUGAAUAUUAUGAACAAGUUCAAUCUGAUGUUUCAUUUGGUGAAAGGUAAACUUUACAGUGAAGAUUCUGUGCAGUUAUGUGAAAGCUGCUUGACAAGUAAAGGGGUUACCAGAAGACCAAAGAGCGGGAAGGGUGCUAAACCACAACAGCCUUUACAAUUGUUGCAUAUGGACGUGUGUGGCCCAAUCAAUUAUGGGUCUAUUGAUUCGAGCAAAUAUUUUCUCACUAUUGUCGACGGGUAUUCCAAGUUUGUGGAGGUUAAGUGUUUGAAAAACAAGUCAGAGUGUGCUGACAGGAUUAUUGAGUUUAUUACAUACACCGAAACAAUGUUCAAGUCUCAGGGAAAACAGUUUACCGUGGGAACUAUCCGCACUGAUAAUGGUGGUGAAUUUGUUACAGGAAAGUUGCAUGAUUUCAUGAGAAGCAAAGGUAUUGCCCAUGAGUUGACUGUGCCACACCAUAGUUAUCAAAAUGGUGUUGCUGAAAGAAUGCAUCGGACAAUUCAAGACAAAACUAGGUCUUUAAUUAUUGGGGCUUCUAUGCCGGUUCAGUUUUGGUCUGAAGGUGUCCGCACGGCUGUUUAUUUGAUUAACAGGACGCCAUCCCGCGUUAUUAAUUUCCACACACCAUAUGGUCGUUGGUAUGGAUACAAGCCGGGCCUUGACCAUCUUCGCUGCUUUGGUUCCCUUGCAUAUGUGGUUAUACCAAACAGUUUGAGAAAUGGAAAAUUUGAUGCUACCGCCAAGGUUGGAGUGAUGCUCGGGUAUGAUAGAGAUCACUGUGCGUACAGAAUUUUUGAUCCUGCUGCCAACAAGAUUAUUGUGGCGACUCAGGUCAGAUUUGAUGAGUCAAGAUAUUACUAUCAGGAUGUGAAGCGAGUCACUGAUGUGGAUACCGAGAUUGCUAAGGUAAACAGCUCUGGUGGUAUGGGUUUUGCUGGUGGCGUUGCACCAGGCCCUGUUAUAAGUGAUCCAGACUUAGAGGAUGUUGCAAGUGAAAUCUCUGUUGAUGAUGAACGAAUGGUUUCUUAUUUGGAUGAUUCAGAAAGAGAGUCCACUGUUUCCUCAAGCAAAGACGUGGAAAUGAGAAUCAUAGACGAUGAUGAGGAUGCCACUGGAGAGUUAAUCCCAUCAAGGAUGGUUUCAGAAGAGUUCAAGUUGGUUACUGCUACAAAAAGGAAAAGAUCAUCGGGUUCUAGACCCAAGAAAAGUACAGGUUUGAUUAAAAGAAAUCCAUUUGGGAUCUUGGCAGAAGUUGAACAAGAAUCUGAUACAUUCAGUUCAGAUUCAGAGAGGGAAAUUGCUAUUGAGAAACCACAAAGGAAGAAAUACAGAAACGAUAGUAGCUCAAAAGAGCUUACUUCUUUUGUUCCUAAUGGUAGUAGCAAUGACAACUUGGUGGUUUCGGAAAUUGAGCCACAUGUUGAACAGCCAAGUGAUUGUGAUGAGGAAUCAGAACUGAAUGAUGAUGCCGAAGGCAAGUUGUUAGAGUACAAACCUGUGAAUUAUGUUGCCUCUUGUUUUAUGGCUGGUGAAGCUGCUGCUUUGGCUGGUGGAAGUGAUGUUCCUGGAAAUUAUAAGGAAGCCAUGAAGAGCAACGAAAGUGCAGAAUGGAAGCGCCCUUGUGACGAAGAAAUUGCGGCUCACAAGGAGAAUUCCACUUAUGAAUUGGUCGAGUUGCCGAAAGGAAGAAAGCCAAUUACAUGUCGUUGGGUCUUUGCAAAGAAAGAUAACGGAGUCUUCAAGGGAAGACUUGUUGCUCGAGGAUUCACACAGGUGAAGGGUAUUGACUACAAUGAGACAUUCUCACCUGUGGUGCGUUAUGAAUCUAUCAGGUUGAUGUUGAGUAUUGCAGCUAAGAAUGGAAUGGCAGUUCAUCAGAUGGAUGUGAAAACUGCAUUCCUCAACGGAUCUCUUCAGGAAGAAUUAUACAUGACACAGCCGGAAGGGUAUGUGGUUAAGGGAAAAGAAACAAUGGUUUUGAGAUUGAAGAAAAGCUUAUAUGGAUUGAAGCAAGCUCCCUUGGUGUGGAAUGAGAGAAUCCACAGUGUAUUGUCGUCUCUUGGUUUUGUUAGAAACGGUGCUGAAUAUUGUUUGUACUCAAGAAAGUCUGAAAAGUCAUUUGUGAUGGUUGCCCUCUAUGUUGACGACUUAUUGAUAGCUGGUACCUCAGAUUUUGCCAUCAGGAAAGUGAAAAGUGAAUUGAUGAAUGUCUUCAAGAUGAAGGACUUGGGAAUAGUCAGGAAAUUUUUGGGUAUCAAUAUCUCGCAAGAUAAUGGAGGUAUUAACAUGAGCUUGAAAGACUAUAUUGGCUCUAUGUUAAAGGAAUUUGGAAUGGAGAAUUGCAACCCAGAUAAGACGCCUACUAUUGCUGGUCAGGAGCUCACCUUGGUGGACAACAGUGCUGAGGAUUGUGAUGCCACAGCUUACAGAUCUUUGGUUGGAACAUUAUUGUUUGCUGCUAAUACUGUUAGAAGCGAUAUCAGCUAUAUCGUCGGUGUUCUAUCCAGAUACCUCAAGGAACCAAAGGAGGUGCAUUAUAAGGCAGCAAAGAGAGUUUUAAGAUACUUGAAAGGAACCAAAGAUUUGGGAAUAAGAUAUGAGGCUGGCAAUAAUGAUAACGGUGAGCUUCUUGGAUACUGUGAUGCUGACUGGGCUGGAGAUAAGUCAGACAGAAAGUCUACUACUGGGUUUGUGUUCAAAUAUGCCAAUGGUGCAAUCACAUGGAGAUCUAAGAAGCAAGCUACUGUUGCUCUUUCUACGGCAGAGGCUGAAUACAUGUCACUAAGUGAAGGAGUCAAGGAAGCAUUAUGGCUAAUGCAAGUGUUCAAGGAAUUUGGGAUCAAUACUGGUCCAGUGAGGAUGUUUGACGAUAACCAAGGGUGUAUUGAGAUGGCAAAGCAUCCAGCUUUCCAUCAUCGCACCAAACACAUUGACAUCAGGACUCACUUUAUCAGGGACCACAUUGGAUCUGGCUCUAUCAAUUUGGAGUACUUGAGCACUGGUGUUAUGAUUGCUGAUAUGUUUACAAAAGGUCUUGCUGCCCCUCAAUUCUUGGAGUUGAGAAGGCUCUGUGGUAUGGAGACUUUGAAUUGA